AUGGACUUUGCCAUCCCCCGUUCCUCCGCGACAAUCUUGCUCGUAGGACACGCAGGUAUCGGCAAGCGGCGACUGGCCUCAUACAUCCGGAAAGAGAUCGUACCACCACCUACACCCACACCAUCCUCCACAAAUCCAGCAGCCAACAAGGACAGUAACAGCACAACCUCGCCAUCAACACCAACAAACGUCACUCAGCCAUUCAACAGAUCCUCAUCCUCAAACACAAAAGUCAGUUUCAGGACAGCAGAGAGCAUACCAGAUGGCAUCAGACAUGAGGAUGGCUUGGUUUCGUUACUACCUGUUUUCAAGGCACUUCUUUCAACCAUCGACAAUAGCAGUAGCACAGUGACGGGAUUGAAUGACCAGGGAGCCGUUGAUUCCGUGGCACGGUAUGAUCUGAUCCUCUUGUUGAUCACCAUGGCGAAUCGGGACUCAUGGGACGACUGCAAGCGGGCGAUUCUGAGACUGCACCCGGGCUGGUUCCUGGGCCGUGUUGCCAUUGUCGUCACCGAAGUCGCGAAUGUGUCAAAGUACGCGUUUGACAGGGACGAAAUUCCAGACUUUGUGGAACAGUUUUACGACAUCCCAACCGUGUGGACCAACCUCAACGUGUCCUCUGAGGCAACACUGGCUGCAGCUCAGAUCGUCAGGCUACUGGAGAUAUCUUCAGGAUACAGGCGAGAGGACAGAGACUACUCCUUCACAGGCCUCGCACAAACGACGGCAGCGUUUUCAUCCACAAGAGUACAGUCCGCUUUGUUGUCACCGGCGAGUCUUUCUGGAUUGUAUUUGGGAUCGAAUCUUGGAAGUCGAGCCAAUAUCACGUCUUCGUUCGUCAGGGCACCGAUAACCUAUUAUGGGCCAGUGACCGUCAUGGAGAUGGAUGAUGCUCAGGAGAUGGUCGCGGAGGAGAUGAGUUCCCAGGCAGAUUUAAAACGUCUACGAGGAGAUUUGGAGGAUGAAGGCGCGUAG